AUGUCUGCUGACGCUGCCUCGAAGCAGCGUGCGCCCGGGCGGUGCCAUAUGCAUGGUUCGUGCGGUAAGAAGAACGUCUUCAGCCCCAGUCUGCCCUGCUCGGUCCCCGGCAUCGCUGCCCAAGAUCCCCAAGAUCCGCAGGAUCGCACUGCGCUCGUGGAUGUGUGCGGCGCCGACUUCGCGACCGGGCCCGUCUGCUGUACUGCCGACCAGGUAGAGAGUCUGGGGGCCAACCUGCAACAGGCAGAGGCCCUCAUCUCGUCCUGCCCCGCCUGCCGCAACAACUUCCGAAGGCUGUUUUGCACCUUUACCUGCUCGCCCAACCAGUCUCAGUUCCUCGACGUCUCUGCCACGCAAAACGUCACUGGCGACGACGGCAAGCCCUCCAUCGCCGUCAAGAGCGUAGAGUACUACAUCGACCAGGCCUGGAAGGACGCCUUCUUCGACAGCUGCAAGGACGUCAAGUUUGGCGCCAGCAACGGCUUCGCCAUGGACCUCAUUGGCGGAGGCGCCCGCGAUGCCGACGCCUUCCUCAAGUUCCUGGGCGACGAAAGGCCUUUGGUCGGCAGUCCGUUCCAGAUCAACUUUCCUCGCGCAAUCAGCAGCGCACUCGCAGACGCUGGCGCCGAUCCUCACCCGGUCGACUCUCUCCGGAACUCGACCCUCCCGCCGCCGUUGCCGUUCAACGAAACCCCACGCCACUGCAGCGACACAGACCUCCUGUCUCGCUGUGCGUGCGUCGACUGCCCGUCCACCUGCGCCGCCCUACCGCCUGCGCCUCUUCCACCGACCGGCGGCCCGACAUGCGAGCUCGCGGGCAUCUCGUGCUUCGCCUUUGCCGUCUCGCUCGCCUAUCUCGUGUUGGCCGUGGCUUUCUUUGUUGGCUAUGGCACUGCCACCAGGAUGCGGCGGGGGAGGAGGGGCCCUCAACCGAGGCAGCGGAGCAGUGGAUUCAGCGUCUUCAGCGACGCCGGCGACUUUGAACGGGUCCGGCUCACGUCAGAGGACACUCACGACCAGGGCAUGGGCAGCGUCCGCCUUUCUGGCGAAGCCGCGGCCGCUUCCAACGGGUCCAGUGUCCGCAGCCGCGACCUGAUCGGCGCCCGAGGCCUGGGCCACUAUGGCGAGCAGACGUCGAGUUCAAGCUCGGCUCCCGAUGGCUUUGGUCGUGGCAUCGGCACGGGCAUCGGCCUUGGCACCAGCGACGCCCUCUCCGCCUUGGAAGUGUCUCAGCCGCGCAAGUAUGUCCUCAACAAUCUGCUCUCGCGCUGCUUCUAUCGCCUCGGGCUGUUCUGCGCAAAGAGGCCUUAUCUCACCUUUAUGCUCGCCGCAAUCUUCGUCGGCGUCUCUAACAUCGGCUGGAACAAGUUCGAGGUCGAGACGGAUCCAGUCGGCCUCUGGGUUGCGCCCGACUCCAAGAGCAAACUUCAGAAGGAAUACUUCGACGCCGAGUUCGGCCCCUUUUACCGACCGCAGCAGGCCUUUGUCAUGGACUCCUCUACUCGUCAACAUCUUGAUCAGCUAGCGGGAGAUCCGAGCCAGCCCCUGCUCUCCUCGCUGCCCCCUGCCUUGUCCUGGGACCGCCUCAACUGGAUCAAGGACCUCGAGGCCGACGUCCGCCAGCUCAGUUCGGUCCCCAACGGCUAUACGCUCGACGACGUCUGCUUCUCUCCUGCUGGCAAGGGUACGCCUUGCGUGGUCCAGAGUCUGAUGGGCUACUUCCAAGACGACCUGGACGGCUUCGGCCUGACUCCCGACAACUGGCAGUCGACCCUGGACCAGUGCGCCGCUUCUCCCGCCGAGUGCCUGCCCGUCUUUGGGCAGCCCUUGAAGCAGAACAUCGUCCUCGGUGGGAUACCAGAGGUGGUCCGUGAGCCGCAACACGACGGUUCCGACAAAGGUGGCGUCGUUCUGGACCGACCCGGGCGCGCCAGCGACGCUCGGGCGGCGGUCGUCACCUGGGUCCUCGACAAUAGCCUCAACCAGACCGAACUGCGCAAGGCCGAAGAGUGGGAAGACGCCUUACUGACCUUGCUCCUCCAAGUGUCCGGAGCACAGAAGGUAUCGGCCGGCCCGGGGGGUCCUGCCACGGAGCACGACCUGUCGCGCAGACGUCGCGAACUCGGCCUCGAGCUCUCCUUCAGCACCGGCGUCAGCCUGGAAAACGAGAUCGGAAGCAGCAGCAACACAGACGUCGGCAUCGUUGUCCUCUCGUAUCUCUUGAUGUUCCUCUACGCAGCCUUGACGCUGGGCGGUGGCGGACCUCGCAACGUCGAGCAUGGCACCCGGCCAGACCAAGCCGCAACGGGCCUCGAGGAUACGGCGGCCGCUUCCUCCUCGACUUGGUCAUCCGACUUUGUCCUGUACUUGAGGGGUCGCAGGAGAGCCGCUGCAGCUCCGCCGCUCUUCCCGAGGCCGGCGCCCGGUGCGAGGCCGGCUUCAGGGCUUCUGGCGAUCGUUGGGAGCUUCUGCACGCGCUCAAAAUUCACCCUCGGGCUCUUUGGCAUCGCCAUGGUGCUCGUCUCGGUGUCCUGCGCGGUCGGCAUUUUCAGCGCCUUCAACGUCAAGGUCACCCUGAUCAUUGCCGAGGUGAUCCCCUUCAUGCUGCUGGCUGUCGGGGUCGACAACAUCUUUUUGCUCUGCAACGAGAUGGACAAGCAGGACGUCUGCACAGCUCGCGAGGGCCCUUUCGGAACCGGCAGCUUGCCGCGCUCCCUCGGAGGCGCCGCAGGGAUGUUGCCCAGUAACGCCGGGGCCAGCGACGAACGCGACGAGAUACACCUCAUCGACGGCGGCGACCAGGUGGGCUAUGGGGGCCCUGGGCACUCCCUUGCCGACGACGGUGUCCGACUCCCAUCGCACGAGCGGGCAGCCCGCGCGCUCUCGCGCAUGGGUCCCUCGAUUCUCCUCAGCGCAUCUACGCAGAUUGUCGCGUUCCUGCUGGGUGCCAUGGUGCCCAUGCCGGCGGUGCGUAACUUUGCUCUGUACGCCGCCGGCAGCAUGCUGAUCGUCGCGACGAUGCACUGCACCGUCUUCGUUGCCGCCAUGGCGCUCGACGCGGAUCGGACCGAGAGCGGUAGGAUCGACUGUCUUCCGUGCGUCAAGGUUCGACAAGCAGUCUCAUUGCCGGAAGGCAGGUCUGUCGGCGAUGCCUCGGGCUCGACCGUGAGUCCUUCGGACCCCGGCCCUCUUUCCCGCUUCAUCAAGUUCUCCUUCGCCCCCGCGCUGUUGCGUCCGACGGUCAAGCGGGCGGUCAUCGCGGCGUUUGUCGGCGUCACGGUGCUGGGUGCGAUCGGCGUCCGGCGGAUCGAAAUGGGCCUGGACCAGAGACUCGCCCUCCCCUCUCAGUCGUACCUCAGGGCCUACUUCGACGCUGUUGAUGGCCUGCUGGACGUCGGUCCUCCGGUCUACUUUGUCGCAGCAGGUGUCGAUCCGACCGAGCGCAAGGGCCAGCGGGCGCUCUGCGGCCGAUUCACCACCUGCAACGACCUUUCGCUCGCCAAUUGGCUCGAGGGCGAAAGGAGGCGGCCGGAAGCCUCGUUCCUCGCCGAACCGGCAAGCAGCUGGAUCGACGAUUUCCUGCAGUGGCUCAACCCAGUGUUGGAGGGCUGCUGCCGCGUUCGGAAACGGGACCCGACCACCUUUUGCGGGCCUACCGAGAGCGAAUACGCCUGCCAACCCUGCUUCCAGGACCGCCAGCCGCCAUGGAACAUCACCAUGGACGGCCUGCCAGAGGACGGCGAGUUCCUCAGGUACCUGCAGCAAUGGCUGCACAGUCCGACCAACGAGGACUGCCCCCUGGGUGGACAGGCAGCCUACUCGUCGGCGCUCAGCCUCAGGUCGGAUGCCGAGCAGCGCGUCACCGGCGUCGAAGCCUCCCACUUUCGCACCUACUUCCGGCCUUUGCGCUCGCAGGCCGACUUUAUCCACGCCCUCGAGGCUGCCGAGCGCAUCUCUGAAGAGGUUUCCGCCCGGACCGGCGCACGGGUGUUCCCCUACAGCCUCUUUUUCGUCUUUUUCGAGCAGUACACCUACCUCGCCUCGAUGGCGACGCGGAUCCUGGGCGCCGCUGCCGUCGCCAUCUUCGCGAUCACCACGCUGCUGCUGGGGAGCUGGCGCACCGGUCUGCUCGUCACCGUCUGCGUCGCCAACGCCGUCUUUGGCGUGGCCGGCAUGAUGGGCUACUGGGGCAUCCAGUUCAACGCGCUGACGCUCGUCAACUUGAGCGUCUGCUCCGCCAUUGGCGUCGAGUUCUGCGCCCACAUCGCGCGCGCCUUUAUGCGGGCGCCCGGUUCGCUGCCGCGUUCGCACCCCAUGUCCCAGAAGGAGAGGGACGAGCGGGCCUGGGCCGCUUUGGCCGACGUUGGAGACUCGGUGGUCAGCGGCAUCUUUUCGACCAAGCUGCUGGGUGUCGGCGUGCUCAUUUUCACCAAGUCGGACCUGCUCAAGCUCUACUACGCGCGUACGUGGCUGAGCCUCAUCGUGCUGGGUUUCUUGCACGGCCUGGUGCUGUUGCCGGUGUUGCUGAGCCUGUUCGGCGGCAGGGGCUGGAGCAACGGCGAAGACGAGAACGACGUCAAGCGCCGCCUCCUCCGAGCCGGCGACGAGUAUCGCCCUCUGUUGGGCGGCGAAGAGGACGAGGCGAGCUCUGACGCGGACGACCAUGGUGGCCGAUAG